AUGCGCACCUUCAUCAAGUUUCUCCUGGUCCUGCCAGCCGUAUUUGCUGCUCCAACCCUUGAGCCGGAGACGAUUGCGGGCUCAUACAUCUUCAAGUUGCGCAAAGGAUCAGCCCUUGGGCCUGUCUCCAAAGCUGUGUCCAAUCACCUCAAAAUCAAACCCGCUCGCGUGUACUCACUCGGCGAUUUCCAAGCGUUCCAUAUCAAAGGCGUCCGAUCCACGACUGGUCUCCUUGAAAAAUUUGGUCAGAUCGAAUCGAUUGAGCCUGAUGCGAAGGUCUAUGCUUCGAAGCUGGAGACCCAGACGAGCGCACCAUGGGGCCUGGGAAGAAUCAGUCAUAGUAAGAAUGGAUCCACUGAGUAUGUGUACGAUGGCACCGCAGGUGUGGGUACCUUCGCUUACGUCGUCGAUACUGGUAUUCGCACAACUCACAAAGAAUUCGGAGGCCGUGCAGUCUGGGGAUCCAACCAUGUCGACGACAACAACACAGACGGCAACGGUCAUGGUACGCAUGUCGCUGGCACAAUUGGCUCAAAAACAUACGGCGUUGCGAAGAACACAACGCUCGUCGCGGUAAAAGUUCUCGAUGCCACCGGAGCUGGGGCGAUUUCCGGCGUGAUCGAAGGCGUGAUCUGGGCCGCCAACGACAUGGUGGCAAGAAACCGCACUGGAAAGGCCGUCGCCAACCUCAGCCUUGGGGGUGCGGCCAGCGCGUCCCUGGACAAGGCCGUUGCUGCCGCCAUCAAACAAGGACUCUUCUUCGCCGUUGCUGCAGGUAACAGCGCUAUACUCGCUUCAAUGGUCUCUCCAGCUCGUGUACCAGAGGCAUGCACAGUAGGUGCAACGGACCAGUACGACAACCUCGCCUCCUUUUCCAACUGGGGCCCCAGCGUGGAUAUUCAUGCACCGGGCGUGAAUGUACUGAGUACGUCGAACCAGGGUGAUACCGCCACGGCUACCUUGUCGGGGACGAGCAUGGCGGCCCCGCAUGUUGCUGGCCUGGGAGCGUAUUUUCUUGCUCUUCCGGGCAACAAGCCGACACCUGAUGAGCUUUGCAAACACAUCAAAGACAGAAGCACGAAGAACGUGAUCAAUACUACACUGGCUAUCGGGCUGGUCACGACAAAAGAUUUGGCUUACAAUGGCAGUGGUAAAUGA